UGGAAACAACAAUAAACAAAUUCUAUGUAAUCCAAAUCUUAGUGUCUGUAGGAAAGUACUAUUGUUGGACAAGAUGAGGCCGAGUGGUAAGUCAGUUUCUUUUGUUUGUCAAUCAAAUACAUAUAUCACAACAUGAUGUGCAAAAAUGGUCUUGUAGCAUCUAAUGGAUGACUCAUUUUUGCUAUCUUUCACUGUUUUCAGGGAGAGUCAGGCCAAAACAAUUUAGCCGGUCCAUAUACCGCUGAUGUAGCCAUCAAGAGUUUUAAAAAGAAAUUCAAAGAGAAAACAAAAAAUAAUUGAAGCGAUCGAGAAAACUUUGUCUCGCAUUCUGGGAAGUACACAUUGAUAGAGGUAGAUGGCGACCAGGAUGCAGAAGUGAAGUUGGACACUGUAGAUGGUGGAGAUGUCAAGGUGAAAAGUGAACAACAAGUUCUGCCUUGUACAUUGGAUGAGGCAACUCAAAGGCUCAUUCGAUUCAUCUUUGACAAUGACAUGUUCAAAGAAGCCAUGACCAGCAUGAACCUGGACAUUAAGAAGAUGCCCUUGGGGAAACUCAGCAAGCAACAGAUAGCCAAAGGCUUUGAGGCUUUGGAGGAGAUUGAAGCUGCAAUAAAGAGGGGGGAACGGAACAAGUUAGAAGAACUCUUCACCAUAAUUCCUCAUAACUUUGGCCGAAACAGACCCCCAGUCAUCUCUGAUGAUUAUGUCCUUCAGGGCAAAAAGGAGAUGCUUUUGGUUCUUGCAGACAUCGAGGUUGCCCAGAGUCUUAAAGCUGAAUCUGAGAAAGCCAAAGAAGAGAUGAAGGACAUGGUGCCUCAUCCAGUUGACCAAAAUUACCAGUCUCUAAAAUGCAAGCUAAGCUUAAUGGAUAAGAAGUCAAAGGAAUUUAAGAUUACUGAGAAGUACUUGAAUGCCACUGGAAGAAAAGGGCUCACUUUGGUGGAUGUCUGGGAAGUUGAGAGAGAUACAGAGGCUGAGCGUUUCAUGGAAAAUGAUGCAUUGGAGAACCGGAAGCUGCUUUGGCAUGGAACAAACGUGGCAGUGGUCGCAAUAUUUGAUCCUUCAGAAGAGGUCUUCAUUGAGUUUGAUGGUAAAAAGGUGGCAGUCCCUCGGGGAAAAGCUAUAAAACAACAGCAGUACCAGGGAAGUUCCUUCUUCAACAUAGGACCCAGGGGAAGACUGCCACUCUGGAGGACAGAGGAGUGUGUGUCUGUUUGAAAGAGGAAGAAAAAAAAUCCCAGAGACACAAUAUGUGACAGUCACAGCCCAUCACAGGACCGGACACAGUGUGAAAGCGCAUCC